CUCGGCUCGGAGCAAGCGGAGCAAGCCGAGCAGUCUGGGUGCGUUCCAAGGGCGGUACUCCCGCUUACCACCCCGAGACCGGGGCAGCCGAAGUCUCAGCACAAACUGAAGAAAGAGGGGGCAAGCCAGCACCGCAGCACGAUCGAUGGGGCGGCUGCUACGAUGGCUGCCGGUGGCGGUCGCCCGGGCGGUGCUGCCCGAGCCGCCCUUCGAGUGCGACAACGCGCGGUGCCGCGUGCGGUCACGGGGCACGAUUUAUGCAGCCGAGCGCGUGUGCGCGCCGGGCAACUACACCUGCGCGAGCUGCUGCGACCCUGGUCCAGACUGCCGCUGCGGCGCCGACUCCUUCGAGCACGCGACGGCGCCGACCACGAAUGCCACGGCAGUGCGCCUGCACCUCCGGGCGGCCUUCCCCGACCGCGCGGCGCACCUCGCCGCCCUGAGCGACGCGCGCGCGGUCGAGGCCUUCAAGGGCCUCGCAUGUCGUCCGAGUCUUCGAGGUCCCUUCCACGCCGGUGACGCGCGGCCGAAACUCACUCGUCGGUGUCCACACAGGCCUGGCGCACGCCCCGGUGCCCCGCGGGCUACUACGAGUGCGCGGGCUGCUGCGACCGCGACGCGGACUGCGCCUGCGACGGCGCGUGCGACCUGGGCGUCGACGCGGACUGCGCGCUCGCCUACGGCGCCGGCGGCGCCAAGCCCGACGGGUGGUGCCCCGUGGGCUACAGCGACUGCAGCAGCAGAGGCGGCGGCGAUAACGACAGAGGCGGCUUCAAUAGCGACUGCUGCAGCUGGGGCGCGCCGCCGCCCGACUGGGCCUGGGCCAGUGUUGGCACUAUUGGCUUCAACCCCCACGACUACGGCGCGUGCUCGGGAAAUGCCGGCGUCGGCGUGCCCGCGCCCCCACAGGACUUUCCUGAAGCAACGUGGCAAAACAGAAAGGAAAAGGAACGGGCACAUAGAGAAUUCACGAGCAGGUGGCUGAGCAGGUGCCUGCGCGCCGCGGGCGCCGUAAGCCGCGAGUGGUGCGGCGCCGGGCCGCGGGAACUCGGCGGCUGGGACGAGUUCCUGCCGGACUUUGAGUGCAGCGUGCGCAAGGCCGCGAGUGGAGCGGGCGCGGGCGCCUGCUGCGCAGGGCCGAACGAGACCGCCGCGUGCGCGGACGGCUACGCGGUCGUCGCGGGCAACGCGCCCUGCGUGUUCACGUGCUGCCGCGACGCGACGAACGUCACGGCCGCGGACGUGGACGCCGAAGGCUUCUGCUGGGCGCUGUGUGGAAAUCAACCAGUGCGUCGGGUGUACCGACAAUUCUUCACCAAGUCAUUUCUUGGCGAUGACGCGGCCGUCCUGGCUCCGUCGAGCGGCGAGGGACCGGCAUCGCCACGCCAUCGAGCAGACGUCGCAUCGAUGGCGUGGAGGUCGACGCGGCGAUUCAGCGCGAACGCGCCGUAAAAUUUUGAUUUCCACACAGGCUGGGAGGCCCACGCGAACGCGGGGCGGCGCCCGCUGGAGUGGCGUGACUGCUGCGAGAUGGCACCCUCGAGGCCGCGGGCUGAAAGAGACUGGGGGGCCCGACCGGCCUGCGCCGGCGGGAGGAACCGGACGACGGCCUACCUUCCUCUUCAGAUUGCACACAAGAGGGAGAAGUCGCGGGCGAAGAGAGAGAGAAAGAGAGAGAGGACGUCCACCGUGGCCGAGGACCUCGAGGACUGGUUCAGCGCGGAAUCCUGCUGCGCGAGGGCGGACGCGCCGGCGGCGUGCUUUGCGCCGGAUCCCCGCGCCGACUGCGACCGGGCCGCGUGCCGCAAUUUCAAGCCCGGCCGGCUUGAGCGGAACCGAGAGAAGUUCGAAAUCACCGUUAAUUCGGUGUUUCGAGCCUGGAGUGGUCUAAUCGGUGACUAUUGGCCAGGCGACAGUUGGAUCGAGGUCGGUGGCGAGGAGGACGACUGCCGCGGCAAGUACGUGUAUCAUACUUACAUAGACGAUAAUGGUAAAGAAAGAGCCGUACCCGCGGGAACGUCGCCGCCCGAGGCCCGCUACUGCGCCGACGACCGCACGCCGGCGGGCGUCGACGUCGUCCCCGGCGUCGGCACCUGCUGCCGGAACGCGUCCGGCGACGCGUCGUGCGUCGCCAAGACGGCCGCGUGCUUCCACGGCAGCGGCCCCCGACGCUGCGACGUCCUCCUCAAAUACUUCGGCAGCUUCGACCGCCGCACCUGGGAAGAGAGAAACUACUGGGACACCAGCUCGUGGAACGAAAGGUCAUCUCCGAGCGUCUUCGCCGCCGACGGGGAACUCGUCCGCGCCCGCCCCUGCGACUUUAGGGGAGAGCCCUACGCCUGCGACGACCUGCGGUGCGACCCGGCGUCCGGCGCGCUCUACUACGUCCGCGAGGACUCGUGGCGCUGGUGGGACCUCAUCCCGCGGCUCUGGGCGGCGCUCGGCGACGAGGUCGCCUGCACGCGCAACUGGUGGCGCCCCGACCUCCGUCAUACAAAGCCGUGGCCGGCCUCGGCGCGGAACCGGCGCCGGGGCGAGCGCCAGCGCAUCAAGGCCUGCGGCGUGGUCACCGAGGACGGCGACUUCUUCCACGCGCAGCUCCGCGCGUGGAAGCGCUGGGACGAGGCGUGGCUGUACAAGACCGACUACAACACCCGCGGGAGGACCGAGUGGGACCACCCGUGGGAGAACUUCUGGGCCUCGACGCGCGCGCCGCGCAAAUUCGCCGGGCUCGACGCCGCGCCGGCGGCCGCGUCGGCGGACGCGUGCGCGCGGGCCGCGGCGCGCGAGUUCCACCGCGGCUGCCGCGACGUCUGCGGCAAGACCUGCGCGGAGCUGGGCCACGACCCCGCGACGUUCGCGCGGCUCCGGCGGGCGGUGAAGGCGUGGCCCGCGCGGGGCGGCGGCGACGAGAUCCCGGACGUCUGCGGCUUCGCCCCGGCGACCGGCGUCCACCUCUUCCGCCCCAUCUGGGUCACGUGGGGCCAGGGCCUGACCUUCGUGGCCCUCGUCGGCAUCUGGGUCCUUGGCAUCGUCCUCGCGUGCUGCGUCUCGCAGCCGUCGUGCCGCGGCUACGCGCGGCUGCAGCGGUGCCGGAACUGGGUCGUCGCGAAGGCAAAGGACGGGGCCGUUUCCCGCUGGUGCGUCUUCGUCUGCUGCGGCGGCUGGGUCUUCGAGCUGGUCACGCGCCCUAUCGCGCUGCUUUUCGCGGGCCUGGAGUUCUGUCGGCUGCUGCUCCGUCAGCCGGGCGAGGCGCGCGCGCGCUACGAGAAGUUCCGCGAGGAGGCGCGCGCGCGCUACGAGAAGUUCCGCGAGCGGCGCCCCUGGUUCAGGCGCUACGUCGUGCCGUGCCUGGAGAAGCUCUCGGCCGGCGUCGCAUCGCUUUUCAGACGCCACGUCGCGCCGUGCCUGGAUAAGCUCUCGGCCGGCGUCGCGUCGCUCAGGAAGAAGCGGGCCGUCGCCGCGCUUCUGGCAAAGCUGUCCGUCGCCGCGCCGCUCGCGUGGAAGGGACUGAAGAAGGUGACGGCCCGCCUCGGCCGCUGCCUCGGCCGCUGCCUCUACUAUUGCUGCUGCUGCUACGUCUGGCGUCGCCUCUGCUGCUGCGCGCGCGCCUGCAGCUUCUGCCUGGUCAAGCGGCCGCCCGCGGCCGUCUACACCGCGGAGGACGGGACGGAGCAGACGGUCCCCUGGGUCGUGGCGCCGGGCCCGCCGGGCACGAUCGUGGCCCGCCCGGACGGCGUCAAGGUACGCGUGCCGCCGGGCGUCCGGCGGGGCCAGCUCUUCUCGCUCGCGGAGGCGGUGCCCGUGGACGGCGGCGGCGUCGCGCCGAAGCACGCCGCCGAGCCGCCGUCGCUCAUGGAACGCACCGCGCUCCUCGCGCGCAAGGCGUGGACGGUGAAGAAGCGCACGCUCGGCGCGCUGGUCAAGCAGGUCAGCGUGCCGCUCCUCGGCGUCGGCAUCCUUUGGCUCCUGUACGACAUCAAGGAAAGAAAUAAAAAGAAGCAGAGCACCGUCGCGAGCGCGACGGGCGCGCCGACGCCCGUCGGCGGCGGAGCGGCCAGCCGCGAGCGGACGACCUCCGACACGAACCACGGCGACCUCGAGCUCUUCGUGUUCCAGUAUCUCUUCGUGCCCUGGGUCCAGGAGGUCGCCUCGGCGCUGGUGGGGGACGUCGCCGCGGGCACGCGCGAGGCGACGCGCGCGGCGGGCGGCGCCGACGCGGCCUACUGGCUCGCAUCGCUUUUGAUCGAGGGCGUCGCCAUCGGUGGAGGCGUCUCCGUCGCGAUCGCCGCGUUCGCCGCGCCGGGCCUCUUCCGGCGCGCCGGCAAGAGUUUCGAGGUCGCCGCGUUCUUCGAGCUCUUCGCCCUCCACUGGCUCUUUCUGCUGGCGCUCACCCUCCAGACCUUCGUGGUGGUCACGUGCCUCCUUCGGUCGCAAAUCGCCGCGGCGGGGCUCCCGCCCCUGUUGCACGCGACCCUGCACGGGCUCUACUUUGCUUGGAACCCGCUCCGGAGGUGGGCUUGGCGCGGGAUCCAGGAGGAAGGAACGAACUGGCGCUUGUGGGCGCGGCCGCGCGCCCACUUCGCCAGCGCGGCUUUCCUGCCGCAGUUUGCCUACGAUUUGUUGGUGGACUCGUUCAGCCCGACGGGAAAGCGAGCGGGCUGGCGGUGCCGGCUCGUCGCCGACGGCUUUGUGGGGGAGCGCUACCCGUGCAGGGCGUGCUGGAAAGAGUGCUGGGACGAGGCCCCAGGGCCGCGGCUCGAGGCCUUCGAGCAGUAUCUGGCCAGCCAGUCGCUGAUGCCGGCGCGCUGCGCCGAGGAGCAUCUCAAGUGCGAGGACGUCUGGCCCUUCUGGUACGAGAAGACUGAGGAUCGGGGCUGGCGGCCCGAGUCCUCGUGGACGGCCGGCGUCUACUGCAUGCUGAUGGUGUCCGUGGCGCUGUGGGCGGCGGUCCUGUGGUACGUGAUCCAGGUCUCCACGUCGGCGGCGCGGGGCAAGGGCAAGGACCUGCUCUUUUGCAUUAGGAAGGCGUACUGGCGACCGCCGCCGCCGGACGAGGUCGAAGAGAAGGCGCCGCUCGUGGACCACGAAGAGUGGUUCGAGCAUGAUAAAGACAGCGACGCGCCGGUCCAGGUAAGAGGCCUCCGGAAGGUCUUCGGGAAGAAGGUCGCCGUCUCGGACGCGACGUUCGCGAUCCGCGACUCGGAGAUCUUCUGCCUGCUGGGUCACAACGGAGCGGGCAAGACGACCACCAUGUCGAUGAUGACUGGAGCGAUGGCGCCCGACGGCGGCAGCGCAAGUUUCUUCGGGAUCCGCACGCUCGGCCCCUUAGCCGACGCGGAUGGUUUGGAUAGGCUCCGCCAGCUCCUCGGCUUCUGCCCGCAGCACGACGCGCUCUUCGCCCACCUCACGCUCCGGGAGCACCUCAUUUUCUACUCGCGGCUCAAGGGCGUCGAGGAGGCUAGAGCGGAGCACGAGGCGACGGGCCUGCUGGAGCUCUUCCGCCUCACGGAAAUGGCCGAGGGGUUUCCGCUCAAGCUCUCGGGCGGCCAGAAGCGCAAGGUCAUGAUGGCCGCGGCGCUGACCGGCGGGUCCAGGCUCGUGGUCCUCGACGAGCCGACGGCGGGAAUGGACCCCGUGGCGCGGCGCGAGGUCUGGACCCUGCUGCGCGACGUCCGCGUCGACCGGUCGGUGCUCCUCACGACGCACCACAUGGAGGAAGCCGAGGCGUUGGCGGACCGGGUGGCGAUCAUGGCGGCCGGGAGCGUGAAGUGCUGCGGCACUCUAGCUUUCCUGAAGCGGCACUUCGGCGGGGCCGACGACGCGGCCGCGGCGGAACGCAGAGCGAAGCGGGAGGCGGAGGCCGCCGCCAAAAUAGCGGAGGCGGAGGCUGCCGGCGACAUGCGGGCCGCCGAAACGAUAGCCGAGGCGCUCGCCGAAGCCGAGCGAGCGGACGCCGCGGCCGCGCCGGCCGUCGACCUCGGCGGCGGCCUCCACGUGGCGGUGACGACGGCCGCCGCGGCGCGCGAUGAACUUAAAGCGGUCUUUGCGCAGCACGUGCCCGAAGCCGAGCUCGCGGCGGCCUCGAAGCUCGCGGAGGACCUCCGCCGGGCGACCGAAACGGACGCCGCGAACCCGCUCCUCGGGUCGACGCCGAAGGGCUUCUCGUCGUCGUUUCGGAGCCCCCUCCUGAACGCGACCCGGGGCGCGAGCUUCUCCGCGUCGCGGAACUGGGCGGACGCCGAGGCCCCCCUCCUCGAGGACGCCGCCGACGACGCGACGACGACGUACACGGUGCCCGCGGCGGUCGGCCGCGCGCGCAUGGUCGCGCUCUUCGAAGGCCUCGAGGAGAAGGCCGACGGUCUGGGCCUCGUCGACCUGUCGGUGACGGCGACGUCGCUCGAGGACGUGUUCAUAUCCGUCGGCGAAAAGGUCGAGGGCGCGGCGGCGCCCGUGGAGGCGGAGACGCUGCUCGGCGGGGCCUUGGUGCCGGCGAGGCCGGGCGAGCCGGUGCCGCCGUCGCGGCUCGUCGUGGCCGUGGCGCAGUUCCGGCUCCAGCAGAUAGCAAACGACCUCAGGUGGAUCCCAGACCUGGUCUUCGGCUGUCGCGUGCUGCCCGGCGGGCUCAGACAAGCGAUGGCGCGGGCGCGCGCGAGCAAAGACCACACGACCUUCACCGUGCCAACCCGUUUCGCCGUGCUCGCCGCGGCUUUGGUCUCAGGGUUUAUCGUUUGCUGUGGCGUGGCUGCGCGCAAGGACGGCUGGCCCGGUCUGGGUUGGGGGCUCGCGGCCGCCUUCACUACAGCAGCGGCCGUGCUUCUGUUGGCGGCGCUGGAGUGCGGCGUGCGAUACUACUAUUUCAAAUAUUCGGUGUCGGCGCCGGGCGCGGUCGCCGGCGGUGUCGUAGGCGCCGUCGCGGGUCUGAUAGUGUGGCGGCCUCUCGAGCACGCCGUGGCGGUGGGAUCGACGUCGCUGGUGGCCACGGCGAUCGCCCUAGGCCUCGAGGCCGGGCUCCGGCCGUAUUUUGGUGUUCCAACGUCGGUCUUUGGUGCGAUCGUGGGUAUGAUAGCGGGGCUGAGUGCGGGGUGGGGCGUGGGCUGGCAAGUGUGCAAGGCGGCGUUGCGGAGAUGUAAACCGCCGGGCUGCCGCGCGCGGGCGCGGACCGCCGGCGGCGUCGCCGGAUUCUUUUUUGGCCUCUUCGUGGAAGUUUUUCUCUCCGUCUUCGCCUCCGCGUUUUGUUCCGCCGGGAUACAUGGAACAACCCUGGUGCUCCUCCAAGUGGCGUCGGCGGCGAUGCCGCUGGUCGUGCGCGGAAACAUGGGCAGAAGGAAGAGGACGACAGGCUUCAAAAGUGGCUGGGCGGAGGGCUACAACGCCCUCGUCGUGGGGGUCCUGCUGGGCGGAUACGUCCUCGCCGCCGGAUUCAUCGUGGAGCCCUACGUCCGCGAGCGCGCCAGAGGUCUGCGGAAUCUGCUGGCGGUCUCGGGCCUCGACACCUUCACGUACUGGCUGGGAAACUGGCUCGGCGAUGCGCUGAUACUCGUGGGCGGUGCCGUCUGCGUCGUCUUCAUGUUAGCGGCGACGCGCAUGGCGUACCGCAAACGGUUGUGCAGCAGCGCGCCGACCUACGCGCAGCUCCACGCGGCCGCUCGGAAGGGGGAUCUCGACCUCGGGCCCUACGACGCGACCGUCGCGUCCAUGGCGAGCGCCUUCCACGACCGGUACCCGGGGGGCUUUGAAGAGGAAGAGGAGAGUAUGUGGAGCUCCGAGUCCUACGAUACCCUCAAGCAGUGGUACUGCGGCAGCGUCUGGGACCACAGCAUCGGGGCCGGGGCCUGGAAGAACGCGACGAAAUUCGUCGUGCGCCGCUGGAUGGAGCGCUGGCCGUGGCUGUGGAUUCUCCUGCCGCUCUGCAGCGCGGGGAUCGUGAGCUUCUCGCACUUCGCGACGACGACCUUCGACCAUCCGCUCGUGGCGGUCGGCGGCACGCCCUUUGUCGUCGGAAUCUACGGCUUCGCCGCGCCGGGGGCGCUGGCGGCGCUCUGGUGGGCGGCCGCGGUCCAGAAGAACCGCUGGCUCCUCCAGGACCUGAGCUGCAAAGCCGCGUGGCUCGCGUCGAUGGCGUCGCCGUUCGGCAACCUGGCGGUCCAGGUCUGCAAGGUGGCCUUCCACCCGCAGCUGAAGCGCAUGGGCUUCCUCGAGGCGUCGGGACCCGGACCUUUAUCGAGGCAGCCCGCGGACCCGCCCUUACCGAGCGGCUGGGCGGCCGCGCUCUUCGCCCUGUUCCACAUCGUGCUUUAUGAAGGAAUAGUCAUCUUUCAGGAUCGGCGGGCCCUGCGCCCGCUCGCCUGGGUCAAGACGCGGGUCUCCAAGGCGCGCGCGGCCGCGAUGCCCGACGACGUCGCCGCGGAGCGCGCGCGCGUCGCGGCGCUCACCGGCGCGGGCGACGCCGCGAGCGCAGGCGACGCCCUGUCGACGAACGAAGACGACUUCCAGAUUGUGGUAGACGAGCCGGAGGAGGAAGCGCCGCCGUCGCGGCCGCCGCGGACGAGGUUUUCCGCCGCCGUGCGCGACACCGUCGCCUUGCUGCGGAACGUGCCGCCGGGCGACGACCCGUACCCGCCGCCGCUCGUGCGCGACAUCAAGUCGGCGGACCGCGACGGCCUCGUCGUCUCGGAGCUGCGCAAGAUCUAUCCGCCGCGGUUCUUCGGCGGUGCGGCCGUCGAGUCCGUCCAGUGCGCGGCGUUCGGCGUCCCGACGGGCCAGGUCUUUGGUUUACUAGGCGCGAACGGCGCCGGAAAGACAACGACCGUCUCGAUGAUCUGCCGAUCCAUCGAGCCGACGUCUGGGGACGCCAAAGUCGGCGGGAGGAGCGUGCUGGCCGUCAAGAGCUGUGUGGAAAUCAACCAGUGAGUUAGGUUGACUUUCACGCCAUCGAGCAGACGCAGCUACGGAGAAAAUAUCGCGUCGAUGGCGUGGGGCGCCCGAAAUUUGAUUUCCACACAGGACUUCGAGUCGGCAGCUCAGGCGCUUGGGGUCGUCAACCAGAAGAACGUCCUCUGGAACCACCUGAGCUGUCGAGACCAUCUCUGUCUCUUCGCGCGGCUGCGGGGCGUCGACAUCGAAGGAGACGCGCGCGACGCCGCGGAGCAAGCGCUCGCCGUCGUCGGCCUGUCCGACCACGCCGACAAAGCGGCGGGCCGCCUGUCGGGGGGCAUGAAGCGCAAGCUGGCGGUCGCGGUGGCGCUGGUCGGCGGCCCCUCGGUGGUGUUGCUGGACGAGCCGUCGUCGGGCCUGGAUCCAGGAGCGCAAAGGAAUCUCUGGGACCUCAUCAAGGUGACGAUGAAGGGCCGCGCUGUCGUCCUGACGACGCACUCGAUGGGCGAGGCCGACCUCCUCUGCGACCGCAUCGGCAUCAUGGUCAAGGGCACCAUGCGCUGCAUCGGGACGCCGCAGGACCUCAAGGAGCGCUACGCGGCGGGCUACGAGAUCUCGUGCCGCCUGAAAACGCGGGACGACGAACACGUCGCGGACCUCGUGACGUUCGCGCGCGAGGCCUUUUCGUCGCCGGACGUCGACGUCGCCGCCGCGGACGCGGACGUCGCGACGCUCGAGCUCGUGGGCGUCGACCCGCGGCGGACGCCGGCGCUCGCGUUCCGCGCCUUCGACGACGACGCGUGCGCGCGGCUCGGCGUGAUCGACUUUUCGCUCGCGCGCGCGACGAUGGAGAAGGUGUUUUUGAGGAUCGUCGGGGGCGGCGACGGCCUGGCGCAGUCGCGCCUCGGCCGCGAGGUCGCCGCGAUGCUCCAGGCCGAGGCCGACGACGACGCGCAGAAGGAACUUGAUAAGGUGGUCUUCUCCGAGGCGACAUGCUGCGGCUGCACGCGCUUCGCGUGCUUCCCGCUGUGCCUCUGGAACUUCUGGUGGGUGUUUGUCUUGACCGGGUUGUUGUACGCGGGGAAGCGGGAGAACCCCAUCUACGAGUGCAUCGACGGGCCGCCGGGGAACAUGAGGGAAAAAAAAUUUGACCUCACGAAGUGCGGCAAGAAGGACUAUUGGCACAUGUUUUGGGUGAGCUUCUACUACGCCCCGGUGUCGCUCACCCUUCUUACAAGGUUUUUAUUUGCGCCCGUCGUCGCGCCCGGGUUCUGCCUCGCGAUGUUCUGCCUGCGGCCGCGGACGGGAUGGGCCGGUAGUAGUGCCGUCGCGCCCGGCUAAGAUUCUUCAUGUGA